AUGGGAGGCGAAACCUCUGCCGGAGAAGAGAGAGAGAGAGAGAGAGAGAAGAAAAAACCGGCGGAAAUGGGAAAUUCGAACUCGUCUUCCGUAAAUCAUCGCUUCACUUCUGCUUCCAGAGCUUUUACUCAGAAGAAGCUCGAAGAUCUCAAAUCUCUCUUCGCCUCCCUCGCUUCCCAAUCUCAGAGCAAUGACCAAUACGUAUCGUACCCCGUUUUCCAGGCGUAUUUUGGUCUGAGUGGCUCUUUAGGAGAAAGGAUGUUUGAUAUGGUCACUCAACACAGGAAAGAUGGUAAAAUGACUUAUGAAGAUCUUGUCAUUGCUAAGGCAACAUACGAGAAAGGAACUGAUGAUGAUAUUGCUGAGUUUAUUUACCAGACCUUGGAUGUAAAUGGCAAUGGGGUCUUGACGAGGUCUGAUUUAGAGUCGGUCCUGGUGGUGAUCUUCAAGAGUGUGUUCUCCUCCGAAAGCUCUGUUGCGGAAUCAAGUGAUUACGAGGAGAUGGUGGAUGCGCUCCUCAAUGCCGCUUCUUUCUCAAAAUCCGAUGAGGGUUCUAACGAAGGAAUGUCUUUUGAGGAUUUCAGAAGCUGGUGCUCACACGUUCCAGCUAUCAGAAAGUUUCUAGGGAGCUUGCUUAUGCCCCCGGGUCCAGCGAGACCUGGAUAUCAAGUCCCGCAUCUGCUCUGUGAGGAUAGUGUGGAUUCAAAUAUGCUACUGUUAAAGAAGGAAUACGCUUGGCACAUCGGAGGAGCUCUUCCUCACCACGAGCUUCAAGAGUGGAAACUGCUGUAUCACAGUUCCUUACACGGACAAAGCUUUAACACAUUCCUCGGACAUACAUCUGAAUUCUACGGAGACAUGAAGUCUUUUCUAUUCCAGCUAAACCCUAACGCAUCCAUUUUCCGACCAACUGGAGCAAACACCAACAUUCAAUGGUGUGCUACGAAUUUCACAUCGGAGAACAUUCCGAACGGCAUAGGAUUUGGAGGAAAGAUCAAUCACUUAGGUCUGUUUAUAUCAGCAAGCUUCGAUCAAGGACACACGUUUUCCUGCACGACGUUUGGUAGCCCGAGUCUGUCAAAGACGAGCAGAAUACAGCCAGAAGUGAUAGAAUGCUGGGGAAUCGUCAAGGCCUCCAACGAACUAGACUCUCAAGAGAACGCCCCUAAAGGUACUGUUCUAGACAGGUUUAAGGAAGAUCGCAACAUGCUCCAACUACUCGGCAUGGCAAGCAAUUCGAAUGAGUGA